CGCACACGCAAAAAAAGUGCAGCCCAAGUCCAUAGUUCGGAGUCAAUGCAGUACGCGGAGAGGUUGGAGCAGCUCGACGAGAGGAAAGAGAGGAGGGCGCUCAAAGUGUGACGGCUUCUCGCUCAGUCGGCUGUUUCACUCCCAGCUGCGUGUCGGGCACACGCUCUCGAUUGCGCCCUCCGGUGAUGCCAUGCCACGGAAACACAGCGGAGACGAAGGCGCCACCGGGCUCUGGAUGAGGACCUCGCCGGGCCACUGCGCCGUGCAAGAUGUCGAAUCCGGACGCAAGAUGAUGAACAGCGCGAGAGACGGCUUGCUGUCGGCCUCCAGCGCCGUCGGUGCCGGCGGUUCGGACAGCCUGCGAGAGAAGCGAGGAGCCCGGCUCAGCCUGCUCGGCAAGCCGCUCAUCUACAGCGCGCAGAGCGGCCGCAGGAAUGUGCGCUACCGGCGGCUGCAGAACUACCUGUACAAUGUGCUGGAGCGACCGAGAGCCUGGGCCUUCGUCUACCACGCCUUUGUGUUCAUAUUGGUCUUCAGCUGCCUGGUCCUCUCUGUGUUCUCUACCAUUCCAGCUCAUCAGGUUUUCUCCUCCUAUUGUCUUCUUAUUUUGGAGUUUGUCAUGAUUGUGGUGUUUGGGUUAGAGUACAUCAUCCGCAUCUGGUCGGCAGGAUGCUGCUGUCGCUACAGAGGAUGGCAGGGGCGACUCCGCUUUGCCAGAAAGCCUUUCUGCGUCAUUGACAUCAUAGUGCUGAUUGCAUCAGUUGCUGUGGUGUCGGCAGGUAGCCAGAGCAACAUCUUUGCCACAUCAGUCCUUCGUAGCCUUCGUUUCCUACAGAUCCUACGCAUGGUGCGGAUGGACCGGAGAGGGGGUACAUGGAAGCUGUUAGGGUCUGUGGUCUACGCACACAGCAAGGAACUGGUGACUGCUUGGUACAUUGGUUUCUUGGUUCUCAUCUUCUCUUCAUUCCUCGUCUACCUUGUGGAGAAUAAGUUCAACAAGGAGUUUGCCACAUAUGCCGAUGCCUUGUGGUGGGGCACGAUCACUCUAACAACCAUUGGCUACGGGGACAAGACACCAAAGACAUGGACAGGAAGGAUGCUGUCUGCAGGGUUUGCUCUGCUGGGCAUCUCUUUCUUUGCCUUACCUGCAGGUAUUUUGGGCUCAGGUUUUGCCCUGAAAGUCCAAGAGCAGCACAGACAGAAGCACUUUGAAAAGAGGAGAAACCCUGCAGCUUACCUCAUCCAGUGUGUUUGGCGUAGUUAUGCGGCUGAUGAACACUCGGUUUCCAUUGCUACCUGGAAGCCUCACUUGAAGGCGUUGCAUACCUGCAGCCCUACAAAAAAAGAACAAGGAGAACCAACGACAAGCCAGAAACUCAGUUUCAAGGAGCGGGUGAGGAUGGCUAGCCCAAGAGGUCAGAGCAUCAAGAACAGGCAGAUAUCCUCAAUGAAUGACCGUCGUUCUCCAGUGGCAGAGGCUGGUACAGAGGGCACCAGCCCUGCCAAGGUACAGAAGAGCUGGAGUUUCAAUGACCGCACACGCUUCAGACCCUCACUGCGCCUUAAAAGCCAGUCGCGAUCCACCACUGAUGCAGACUCUAACGUGGCAGGAGAGGAUGGUUUUGAUGAGAAGGGCUGUCACUGUGAAAUCUCAGUGGAGGACUUGCUGCCCUCUGUCAAGUCCGCCAUUAGAGCCAUUAGAAUAAUGAAGUUCCAUGUUGCAAAGAAGAAGUUCAAGGAGACCCUGCGUCCUUAUGAUGUGAAGGAUGUGAUUGAGCAGUACUCUGCAGGUCAUUUGGACAUGUUGUGCCGCAUUAAGAGCCUACAAACCAGGCUGGACAUGAUUGUAGGCCCACAGCCCCUGUGCAGUCGUGCCAAGACCUUUUCCUCCCCCUCCCUGCCUCUCUAUUACAGCCAGGGCAGAAAGAACUCCACCCAAGGGGUUGACCAAAUCCUUGGGAAGGGACAGAUCCCACUGGACAAGAAGAUUCGUGAGAAGUUGCUGUCUGAUGGAGAUCUGCUAGAAGACAUGAGCAUGCUGGGUCGUGUUUGUAAAGUGGAGCGCCAGGUCCAGUCAAUUGAGUCAAAACUCGACUCCUUGCUCGACAUCUAUCGCCAGGUCCUGCGGAAAGGCUCAUCCACAGCUCUCACACUUUCAUCUCUGCCACUGUUUGAGCUGGAACAGACUUCAGAUUACCAGUCCUCUGUCUUCAGCAAAGAUCUCUCCUUCCCCAGCCAGGUGAGCAGCAGUGCAGAGCCUCACCCUGGUGGCUGUGCCACACACUCCUCGACCAACCCUCACCUCUCCCAGGGAGGACUCCAUCUCAUCCUGGCGACCCCAAAUGAUCUCGAUCUUAAUACCUCCAGCACUACACCUCCUUCUGGCCCUGCUUCCUCAACUUUAAGCCCAUCGCCUUUGCCACAGCACCACCAUCUGCACCACCACCACCAUCAUCUUCCCCAACAUCAGCCCCUGGAUCAGUCCACCACACCUGAAAGUGCCAAUGAUGAAACAGCGGGGAGCUCUCCUCCCAUCCUCACACCAAAUAGUAUCAGCAGUGGUGGGGGUGGAGGAGCAGCAGAUGGGGGAUUUUGUCUUCUGGCAAGGCUCCCGCCACCACCACCUCCUAAUAGGAAUGUAGGUCUAAGCAGCUUGAGGCGAGCAUCCUCCAAUGAAAAUUCCCCUGAAAUUGAAGACUUCUGUGGAGGUCAAGGAAUGCAAAUAAAGGACAGCAAUGUGGUGGAGGAAGUUGGCCUAGAUUUGGGGCUCUGCACACUGGGAAAGCACCUACGGGGUAGCGCCAACAACAAGGGUAGACUUAACACCAAGGAGGAGGGCUCCUGGAGGCGGCAUAUGAGUCUUGAGCUAGAGCCCCUGGUACCAGCAACCCUAAACUACUGCUCAGGUACCAGUCACUUAGAUCACAGUCUGGGUAAGUCUGUGUCAGUGCAGGACUUGAUGCAGACAGCCCAAAGCAAAGUGCAAGGCACCCACUGCAACAUUUCAUCCCCAAGCCGCAGUAGAAACUCCUCCACUGGCUUCCAAAGAUGUCGCCAAGACCUAGGCGGAAGGGGAACUGACAAAGGUGGCUGGGGGGAGGAAGAACUUUUUAUCAACGACUGGGAGGUGGAGAUGCAGGGGUUUGAUUUCUUGUCACAUGGGACAGUUGAGGCUUCCUCAUACUCCUCAGAACUCUUGAGAACAGAGGCAACGACAAGAGGAGGCUCACAGGGGUCCAACCAUAGCCUGGCCACUGGUCACUCCUCCUCGCCUUCUGCUGGCAGCACUGAAUUACUGAAAAUGCCUCAUGUACGAUUAAAAUAGACUGGGUUGCGUGUUCGGAGGGUGUGGAAAUCUCACAUCAUAGAAGGACAGCUUUUAUCAUUGUUUGAAAGAGUGUGAAGUUGGAAUUUUUAAAAAAAAUCUUAUUUGAUAAAAAUCACAGUAUUUUAUACUGGUCAUCAGGCUCACCAGAUAUGACUUACUGUUUAAUUGCAGAAAUUAACCAGUUUUCCCUCUGAACCUUACACGUAAAAGACAAUUGGUGGUGGAUGCAUGAAACUAUACUAUACUGUCCAUUGAAUGUCAAGAGACUAGAAAGACAGUUUACAUUCCAAAAAUGUAAGUCAUGGACACUGACCAUGGGCAUUUUAAAAAAAAAAUGAUUAGUCUCGUCAUACCAAUCCCAAUAACUCCCCAAAAUAAUGAUCAUAUUCCCAUUGUAAUACAUUUCCCCCCGCUUGUGUAAUUUAAAUGUCAUGACAGGAAAGAGUGCAUUGUGCUAUUGUGUAACUACAGUAUUUUUAAGUCAUCACAUCCAGUGAUGAUGUAGGCCAUAAGGUUUAAUUAUCAAAUUGUCAUUUACACAUUUUCUAAUGAAAUCUGCCCAGUGGUUGUCCACAUUUUGACAACCAUAACCAAACUGUCAAAAUGUUGAAAGGCUGUCAAUGGAUGUUCUUAAAAUGUGUACAAAGAAGUGUAAAUCUAACAUUCUAUUGUACAGUACGUAUUGGCUUUUAGAUCGCAACAAGUGGACAAUCUAAGGUUUUCUGGUUUAGAACAUAAACAGUGUUUUCUUAAGUAAUCGUGUGCUUGCUUUUCGUUAUCUGAAAUCACAUCAAUGUGGAAUGUACA